UGGUAAAGUAACAGAAUAAGAUUGAAAUUCUAAGCCUAAUACACUUAUUAAUUUGCUAGUUAUGGUUGAACCAGGUUUAUAUAAACCCCUUCAACUAGAAUUCAUCAUCAACGAAUCAUAGGAGCAAAACCACAAAUUAAUUAAAGAUGCAGCAGAAUCAUGUGUCUAGAGUUUUCAUGCAAGGAUUUAUCUUCCUUGUGAUUGCUUUAUUGGCUGCAGGAUCAGGAAGCAAGGCCAAGACCAGAAGAAGCAUCUUGGUUGGAGACUCCGAAGGUUGGCGCGCUGGCACGAAUUACACUCAAUGGGCCGUCAAAAAUAGUCCAUUCCACAUAAAUGACACAUUAGUGUUCAAGUUUCCUCCACGGGGCAAUUCGACCAUUGUUCCGAGUGUUUACUUACUACCAAACAUGUGGAGUUACAUGACAUGUGAAUUUAGAGGAGCAAAGUUGCUAGGGAGUGCAGUUCAAGGAGUUGGAGAGGGCUUAAAGAUUGAGCUGAAUCAGUUGAAGCCUUACUACUUUGCUUCUGCUGAAGGGAAUGCCUAUGAUUGUAUUGCUGGACUCACCAAGUUCAUUGCUGUUCCAUCUACACGUUCCUUUUAAUUUAGCCCAAUGUGUUUCACACCCUCAUGCCAUGGUCUAAUUAAAUCAAGUUAUUUCCUUUUAACAUAGUUGAAUUCAAAAUAUACAAAUAAAAUGGAUGGUGUGAAUCUGUUUUUCUUUCAUGUAAUACCAAAAUAAAACCUUGUUUUUUGAGUUGAUUUGUGCGACAUAGAUAAACAUGAUGUUGUAUUUUUGCUUAUGUUAAUGUUUUAGCUUUUAAAUAAAACAUGAGUGGGUGAGUAUCAUUUGUUUAGGGCCAGUCCAAAUUGAGAAGGCUUACUUGUUGUUCAGCUUUUGAUAAUUUUAGUAUGUUUU